AUGAUAAAUUUGAAGACAAAAUCUCCAAAUAAUCAAACAACAUCAGCAAUGUCAACAUCAAUGAAAACAAAUAGUACUAAAUCUUAUGCAUUACCAAUGGAUCAACUCAAAAGAGCAGUGAGAUGUAAUCUCCCAUGUUUUAUGAUAGAUUUCCACAAGAACAUCGCACCUCGUGAUCUUCCAUCAGCUAUAAUUGUAUGUGAUCUAAUUCAAGAGCACUUUAACAAAAACAAAAUGGUUAUUAAUGACUUUUCCGUUGCUGCUUUUACAGGACAUCGUUUGAAACUUGGUGUUAAUAAUAUGGAAGAUUACUCCAAACUUGCUAGAACUGAUGUCUGGCCAACAUCAAACAAUGGAAAGAAAAUGAAUGUAGUUAAACCCAAAUUCAUUCCUGGAUGUUUUUCACUAGUUGUUCGUUAUGCUACACUAUCAAACUCAAUCUAA